AUGAACGAAUCAACCUUCCCAAAGACCUCAAUUGAAUAUCUCGAGGACACCAAACACUCCAUUGAACACCUGGAAGAUGACAAGCCGUCAGUUGAGCAUCUGGAAGAGACCAAGACAGACGAUCUUUAUGUCCAACACAGCGUCACUUCUGGACAAGUGUCAGACGUCUCCAUUUCAAAGAAGAAAGAGGGCCAUCUGAAAUUACACAGAAGCAUAGCCGUUGGUUGCCAAUUCCAAGUUUUUCUUGCUUCUCAUAUUGUUUCAAGGGACGUGAUUGGAGUGACUGUCACGGGAGGAAUUGAGCCUUUUCUGAAACUCACCCCCUCUGAAUACGAAUGGUCGCAGGCAGCACUAUACUUCACCUACGCUGUCUUUGUAAUUCCUAUGGCUUUGCUGUUUGCUAAAUCGAACCCGCGCGUGUUUGCUGGAGUCCAAAUGUUCAUCUGGGGUCUCUGUUGCACACUGUUGGGCAUCUGUGUCAAUUACGGAGGUCUUACAGCGGACAGAGUGAUUAUGGGGGCCGUCAUGAGUGUUGCGCUACCUGUAAUUCUUCAGGUUACAUACGAGUCUCAUGGAAGAUUCGAGGGACAGUUUGUCAUUGCCUGCUCCUGGGCAGUAUCUUGGUUCAUGGUACCUCUGUUUGCCCUCAUCGCCAUUGCACUUGGUCUGAUUACAGACGGAAAGCCCGGUUGGGCGUGGAUGUUUUUCAUCACCGGAAUCUGUGGCUGUCUUCAGGCUCCUCUGGUAUGGAGAUUGCUACCAGACUACUUCUACCACCCCAGAUGGAUCAGAAAACAUGGUGAAGACGGAUACCAGCUGUUCAAGAAAAUCACCGAAAAACACUAUGCUGGAGGAAACCCGAUCGAGCCCAUCGAGACAGUCAUUCAGGGCCUUGGAAUGGCUCUCAAGGACCCCAUUGUCUGGCUCACCGGUGCCAUGGGUCUCUUUACUUACAAUGGUAUCUUUUCGUGCUAUGGAGAGCUCAUGACCGUGACUCUGCACGUGCUCAAGUACUCACCAGCUCUAGGUCAAUGCAUCGUUUGGCCCAUUCUGGUGUGGAGUUGCUUCUACUGUCUAGUUCAAAACUGGUUCUCCACUAAGUACAAGACCAACUACCCGUUCCUGCUGGCCAACUACCUGUUUGCUAUCAUUGGAUGGGCUCUCGUUCUGUGCACGCCCAGCCACAAGAACUUUUGGAUCAAAUAUGGAGGAGCGUGGUUCAUUAUCCCCAACAUGGUCGCUGCCAUGCCUACUCUCGCCUGCUGGCUGGGGAGCAACGUCCAAGGAAGAAACAGAAGACUCAUGAGCUUUGCCGUUUUCACCUUCAUCACUAACUGGUAUGGAGUCAUUGUUCUGCGAACAUGGGUCGCCACCGCCGCUCCUCUGUUUGUGAAAGCCGCCUGGGUCAAUAUGGCGUUUAUGAUUGCCGGCGUUGUAUUCACCGCCGCCCUGGUGGUGGUGCUUAAGCUGAAGACGAGUCACGGGGCCUUCGUGUAUUUGCUGUAG